UAUCAGCUUGUGCAUUUCAUCAUGAGGCAAGCACGCAACUCCGAGUUUAGCGUAUUGAAGAAGCGUUGUAACGGGCGGACUAAUGCCGGAGCCACUCCGGAUCGGAUCCUACGACUUACCGGAUUACCAUAUCAAUCACUACUGAGCUUCAACAUCUUGGCGCAUAUCAUGCUAUAUCCACAUACCAGCGAUACCAUGUAUGGUUGAUACAUUUCUCUCUCUACUCACUCUACCUUUCUAUCCCACAUCCUUCACCCCGAUCUCAACAAUGCCUCGCCAUAUCCUAGUCUUCGGCGGAACCAGUCCAGCGGGAAUCGACUUCUCACUCGCCGCUCUCCGAGACGGCCACACCCUAACCCUCUACGUCCGCAACGCGUCCAAACUGCCUCCCGAAAUCCGCGAAAACGCCACAAUCCACACCGGCCAGCUCAACGACGCCGCCGCCGUCGAGAAAGCUGUAGCCAGCGGCGCCAAAACAUGCGUCUCUUUUCUCGGCCCCGUGAUGAGCGAUCUCAAGAGGGGGUCCACGCCCAUCACAAACGGCUACGCCACCAUCCUUCCCCUUCUCGAGAAACACGCCUAUGAACGCACACUCUUCAUAAGCACAGCAUCCUACCGCGCGCCCCACGACCGCUUCUCUCUCGCCUACUCCUUCAUGAUCUGGGGCGUGUAUCUCUUCGCGCGGGCGGCGUAUGAAGAGAUUAAUGCGAUGACGCGGCUCAUGGUUGCGCUGCCGAGCGAGAUGAACUGGACGGUUUUUCGGGUGCCGAUGUUGAAGAGCGGGGAGGCGAGGGCGGUGAAGGCGGGUAUGGUGGGCGAGGUGGGCGUGAUGUUGGACAGGAAGGGGUUGGCCGAGUGGGUGCUGAGGGAGAUGGAGGAAGGGAAGUGGGUGGGAAGGUGUGUGGCGGUUGCGAAUGCGUGAUGAGACGUUAGCAGAGUAGUUUGGGGUAUAGUUGUAGAGGAGAAGGAAAGACAAUCGUGCAUGCCCAACCGCCCCAUGACUUUGCUUCCGUC